GCUGCGGGUGUGCUUUUCUUCCACCCCCGCUCGGUUAGUUAACUCGCGAUUCGGCCGGGGGUGACGUUGCGCCGCGAGUGCGUCGUGACGGAAGAGAAAUCCGAUGAGCGGGAAUCGCUCUGGAGCGGUGCGGGACAUGUCGAUCGCGGGAUCUUCGACUUCCGUCGUCGCCGCGCUACCUGGAGCGACGUACAUCGCACCGUCAAGGGUGUGAAUCGCGCGAUGCUGUCGAUCGUCGGCGCUGGAAGACCGGGACGUCGAUCCCCGCGCUGCGAUGCCUCGUAACGAUCGUCGCCGCACGAGGGGUGGUAGCGCUAUAACGCGAGCAGCUCGUCGGAGGUACGCGCUUCCGGCACCGGCACGACGGGACGAUGGCCGGCUGUGCGAGCACGUUCAAUAAGACGUGAACCGGUGAUCGCUAGGGAGGUCGCCGUAAGGAUGUAGGGGGGCCCGCGCUAUCGGGCCCCGUGGACCGAUAUCGAGAGGAAGGAAGAAGAACGUAAGAGAUAAUUAUGUGUUCCUUAGCCCAUCUCUCAGGUGGCUCCUCGUUAUUGAGCGUGUCUCGUCGUAGUUGCGAUUUUCUUAUGCCACCCUCGUGUGGAGCAUAGAUGCCUUUUAGUGUUCGUUUAACGGGGAGAAAGAAAGAGAGUUCUCGACGUAAUCAAGUGCGGUCAAAGGCGCGGUUAAAUGCGCGUUGCGCCAUACGAAAGAGCCGAGAAAAGUGCGUUUCGCGAAAAAUAUCACCGUUGUGUUAGCAGCGGCCGAAGUAGGUCACGAGGUCGAUACUAAUACGAAGUGAAGAUGCAAGAGGAAAAAUGGCAUGUGCUAACGACGUUAAUAACCGAUUUUUCGGCCCGUCCGUACGCUCAUAGUGCGAAGUAAUUAGUGAUUUACCGUGCACGUUGCGCGCGGAGUGCCGCGCGAGCUAAUCUAAUAGCGGACUACCCACCGAGGAUAAUCACUAGCGAAAAUGGUCGAUCUAGGAGGAUACAUUAUUAUACUGACGAAUGACGACGGGAAGUUCAAGUUGUACGGAUCGCCGGCGGAUCAUGCGGAUUCUCUGGAACUGGCUGAUGAAAUUUUGGAGGUGAACGGUCGCACCUUGGAGAAUGCAACGCAUAACGAAGUCAUUCAACACGUACACCAGUGUAUAAAGUCCCGAACAAUAUGUCUGCGUCUCCGGAGAAGAAGCGGGAACAAAAUGGAAAAGCUGGACGGGCUAAACGUUGGGCGGAUAGAAGACGCCUGGGUUAUCGCCGUCGAAAGAAGCGCGAGGGAGAGGCUGCAGAAACUGACGGCACUGAAGAAGAUUCAGCCGCGCGACAUCCAGGCUAUUUUACAUCAGCAGAUAAACGACGCGGUAGCGUCCACGAGCGAGGAGUCGGCUCCGAAGGACGUGACGAAUGACCAAAUUACGUUUACUUUGGCGGACAAGGAAUUGGGGACGAAUGCUUUCUCCACGAAACUUAGCAACGGUACGAUUCCCAAGGGGUUAGGGAAAGAGGCGGAAAUCCGAGUGGAAAACACCUCGCAGGAACGGAAGGACACUUUGGAGAAGCAACACAGCUAUCCGGAAGAGCCGAACCUCUUGCAACCGGUGCAGAGCGGGAGAAUCGGUGAACGUCGAGCGAGCAGCCCUUUCCAAAAUGGUCGGACGGAAGUGCUGAUCGGCGAGCCGGAGGGCGGCCCGAGGUCGCCGCGGGGAUCGACGUCUUCGGCGGUGAACGACGGCAAUUUCCUGAAUCCACCGGACGAACGAGACUAUCCUGAACCAAUUUGCAGGUCCCGAAGGCGUAGCGGUAGUGGCGUGACGGACAUACACUCUCAGCAACAGCAGCAACAGCUGCAAGAGAACAACAACAGCAGCUCGCGCGACGCGAAGAAGCCGCAGGAGGGGCCCGAUGAGAUGUGGGCCCCUGGUGCCCUGGGCCAUCAUCGGGAGCUACCUGUUGAUGUGCCCGACACCCUUCUACAGAAGGCCUAUCCCAAUAAGGUAAAGAAUCGCUCUUCCGAUUAUAGGAACGGGCUACAGCACCGUCCCCGUAGCGCUAGCGACCUCUCCCUUAACCUUAAAAACGAGACCCUUAAGACCCGCACCAUCGCGGACGGACGCGUAUCGGACGACGUGACCGACAACGGGCUUCAGCCUUCCAUGCUGAAGAUCGAGCUAAAGAUCGAGGACGAGGAGGAGGAGAAGGCGGUGAGAGCCGGUGAGAAAGACAAGUAUCACGGGAGCCCGUCUCCGGACUUGAAGAGCACCUUCGGGGAUUUCGAGGAGGAGAACACCGCCGGGCAGAAGGAGUCCAGCGUCGACGUCGAGGACGACUAUCCCUUCGCCAAGGAGGAUUAUCCCACCAUGUUGAAGACCUGCAGCGACGAUUCCGCGAGCCCGAGGAGUUCCUCGGGCAGAUCGGACAGUACCGCGCCCCUCGACACCAGCCUGAUGCUGAAACCUGGUAAGAAUCGCAAAGAUUCGCCGACUUACGACGUCAGAAGGAUAGACCUCGGCUCUCCGUGCAGGUCGGUGGUGCCUGACAUCAAGGUAGCCCCGCUCUUUGGUCGCGCCCGCGACGCGACCUCCUUCGACAAUCCGGCGUACGGGCUGACGGACUUGCUGAUACGCUCCGACGAAGUCUCGGACCUGACCAGGCUGAUAGACGAGCAAUGCGCGAUCCCGAGGAUACCGAAGGUCGACCAACAAGAUCAAGCGACGGAGCCCGCCGCGCAAGCCGAGCUGGUGGUGGGCAAGCGGUCGAAGCGCCGUCAGAACGACGAGCGGCCGAAGGCGCGCAGCCUCGACAUCGAAGAGCUGAUCGGCUCGAGCGACGAUCUGAGCAACCUCUCCUCCUCGUCCCGACAACGGCCGAAGAAGAAGCGGCACCAGCAGAUCUCCAGCGGCUACUCCACGCUGAGGAGCGAAGCCUCCGGCGAUUUCGAGCAAGAUCGCAGCUUUCUCGUGAUGAGCAAGGCUUACCGCGAGGUGGCGGUCGAUUGUCCGGCGGAUUUCGUGCCGGUCACCAAGUGCCAUCCGGUAUACCCGCCGCCCAAGCACAGCGAGCCGAGGCGCGAUCGCGAGGGAAGCGUGUACGCUACGAUCGCAACGACCAGCGCGACAGCGCUCGUAGCCUCCCCCUGCCUCUCCCCGAACGAUAAUCUGUCUAGUGCAGAUGGUAGAGAGACCGUAGUCGCGCGUACCGUAGACCGUAAGCACGACGCCAACAAGGUAAGGAUCCGAGCCAAGAGCUUGCUGCUCGACGGCUUGCACUCUGUCGUCUACCACGAGCGCUGCAAUUCGCUUCGCGCUUUCAACACGCAUCCCUCUAACACGCUUGGGCCGGCCCCUAACAAACCCGCCACCGAGCGGACGUCGCGAUACCGGAAGAGGUCCGCUCGCUCCGCCCUUCGAUACCGGCAGUCCUCCGUUAUUUUCCACUCGGAAAAGCUCGCUUUCUUAACGGGAUUCGAUGACUUCGCGUCGUGCGGCGCUUCCUCCCGUCUUCUCUUUCCGAAUGAAUCCGCGGAUCCUUCCCAAAAGACAGAUUCCUCGCGCGAGCUCUCCGAUGACACGCGCGUUCCUCCGGACAGCGAUGAUAACUUUCAGGACGAUUCGUCUGACGCGCGGAAUCGGACGAGUUCCAACGAGGCUGAGCGUUCGAAAUUCUCGGACGCCUCGUUCACGUUUCCCAACGGUAUCGGGAAAUCUCACGAAAGUUUCGCCGGCGUAAUGCCUCCGAGGAACGAGCCUUCGGAUUUAACGUCCGAUUAUCAGACUUUCGCGAUUCGCCUCACACUCUCCGACUCUGACUUACGCUCGACGAAAGUCUCGUGGCGCACCGUAAAAUGGAGCAAAGGGAAUUGUCCGCUGAUUUCGCACAAUUCUAACGAACGUAUGGAGCAGGGCGAGCCGUCGACGCACACUUUGGAGAACAGUAUAAGCGAAUCGCACGAAGACGUUCUUGGACAACAGGCCGGUCUCAACGGGGUUAAACCUGCCAUCCCGCCUCGGGACCAAAAGAGGGCACCUGCCAGACCGCCGAAGGAUAAUCUGCGUCUGUCGACGCAGAACAAUAAUGUCGAAAGCAGCGACAACGCCAAUGCGGAGCCGACGCAACAGCAGCUUCACUCCAUCAGGAAAUAUCAGGAGCAGUUACGGAAGCGAAAGGAUGAGGAAGAGAGGCAGGAAAUACUCAGUCGUUCUCUCCGCGGCUCUAAGAAGCUCCAGGCUUUGGAGAGCCACGCGACGAGUCUCUCUGGUCAAGAAAAUCUUGCUUACGCACAGGACGAGGUGACCACCGGCAUCAGUCGAGUUGCUGCGCAACCCACUCCGAAUGCAGUCCAAGAAGUGGAGGAGCCUCCCAGACCCCUCACGUAUGGAGAGGUCGUCGCUACGCUGGAGAGGCUGCAGCUUCAACUGCGGAAUAUUUCAGGUGCUCUUGGCAUUUCGGGUUCAGGUGUCGAAGCUGAACUCGAGGCGGUCCGGACGCUUUUGGUGCAGCAUCGAUUUGCGAGUGCUCUGGCGACGCGUCACACUUUGAAGAAUCGGCUGAGAGCGAGUAAAAUCUUUAAACAUCACGUGGACGACGCAACGAGCCUAGCGCGGGACUGCGUGGACAUCCUGGAAAAAUGGCAAUCGUCGGCGACCGCAACAGGUGUCGGCGGAGCAGAAACAAUAGCCGCGGUGGGGGAGUUAACGGGUAUUCUGACGAGUUACGACAUAGAAGCUUUGCUUCUCGCGCACGACUCCAUCGUCUCGUAUGUGGACGGCUUACAAAGGAAGCAGAGCCCGGCGUCUUCGCCGCCCAGCGGCCCGCCCAGCCCUACGAGCAGUUGGAAGGACUCUCGGGUGGUCGACAACAUCAAGAUCAUCCGAAUCGAGAAGACGAACGAACCUCUGGGUGCUACAGUCAGAAACGAAGGGGACGCUGUGAUUAUAGGACGUGUCGUACGUGGCGGUGCGGCGCACAAGUCGGGCCUCUUGCACGAGGGCGACGAGGUUCUCGAGGUGAACGGAGUGGAAAUGCGCGGCAAGACCGUCAAUGAGGUCUGCGAUAUUCUCGCUGGUAUGCAGGGUAGUCUCACAUUCUUGGUGCUUCCGGCUCCGACAAGUCACAGAAAUAAUUUAUCCAACAGGAGGGAAGACACGACACAGAUACACAUACGGGCGCACUUUGACUACGAUCCCGAGGAAGAUCCGUACAUACCGUGCCGCGAAUUGGGCGUGAGCUUCCAAAAAGGCGACGUGCUCCACGUAAUUUCCCAAGAGGAUCCUAACUGGUGGCAAGCAUAUCGGGAAGGCGAAGAGGACCAGACUCUGGCCGGCCUGAUACCUAGCCGAGCGUUCCAACAUCAACGCGAAUCUAUGAAGCAAACGAUAGCCGGCGACAAGUCGACGGUGCGCGGCUCGAAGAAGUCCAGCACGCUACUGUGUGCGAGAAAAAAUCCAAAGAAGAAAAAGCGAAACAAGUUCGGCUCGAGCUUCAACGACGAUGGGUACCCCCUUUAUGCGACAACUGCCAUAGAUGAUUACGACAGCGAGGAAGUGCUGACGUACGAAGAAGUCGCCUUAUACUAUCCUCGUGCAAAUCAUAAAAGGCCAAUUGUACUGAUCGGACCUCCUAAUAUCGGCCGGCACGAACUCAGGCAGAGAUUGAUGCAAGACAGCGAACGUUUUGCCGCAGCGAUUCCUCACACAAGCCGCCCGAAGAAAGACUCCGAGGUCGAUGGUCAGGACUACCAUUUUAUUUCACGUUCUCAGUUCGAGUCCGAUAUCCUCGGUCGGAAGUUUGUCGAGCACGGCGAAUACGAGAAGGCGUAUUACGGCACGUCCGUCGAGGCCAUCAGGACAGUGGUUAAUUCCGGUAAAAUCUGUGUCUUAAACCUUCACCCCCAGAGCCUCAAGAUCCUGCGGAAUUCGGAUCUAAAGCCGUACGUUGUGUUUAUCGCACCACCGAGCCUCGAGAAGCUCAGGCAGAAGAGGAUCAAGAAUAACGAGAGCUUCAAGGAGGAGGAGCUGAAGGACAUAAUCGAGAAAGCGCGCGAGAUGGAGGACAAGUACGGCCACUUGUUUGACAUGCUCAUCCUGAACAACGAUACCGAUCGGGCGUAUAAUCAGCUUCUCACGGAGAUCAAUUCACUCGAGAGGGAACCUCAGUGGGUGCCUGCGUCUUGGAUUCAGUAACCAAGAGCGACGUUGCAGCCGCGCUUAGCAUCGUUGCACGUGCUCGGCGACGAAACGGCCAGUAUUGCGGUAUCUGUUUGCAGGACAAGCGCUUUCAAGCGAGGCUUCGCGCGAGUCUGAUAGAUAUUUGAAGGACUGGUUCUUCUACAGGUGCCUGUUAUAUAGUUUUAUGUUUCUUACGCAAAUCUCUCGAAUCUUCCCCGAGUUAUUAUACUGCAAGUACUACUACCCGUUUGACAGAGUCUUCCGCGUGUGUGUUGUCGUAUUUUGGUGCCAUGAAAACGAUGGAGGAUCAUCAUCGGAAGCAGAACCGGGAGAAAAAUAAAGAGAAGAAAUUUUCAAGGGGAGAAACAGAGAGAGAAUACCCCGCAGGAAAUUCGACAGACUAUUCCCCGACUAGUAGAUCGUUUGGAAUAGAAGCAAGAGUAUCCUCCUCGUGUAUCCUCACACCAUGACGGCGGGCGUUCUCGUGGCUCGGUUGCAUCAACGAUGUUUCGAAUUUUGAGUGACGUGUAUAAUCAAAUCGCGGACGAUCAUCGGCCGAAUUUAAUAUUUAAGUUACGCUUAAAUUUCGAACAGAGUCGCUGCAGCUCGGCCUACGUCUCGAAGUAAUUCCGACUGAAAGACGUUCCUUCCCAAAGUAUUUAUGCCCUCAGACUGAUAAACGGUUAAUUGUUAUAGAUGCGCGAUUAUUCAGAAGUAUCAUCCUCGGUGCGCCAAAGCAUAGCUCUACCGAGAGCGUAUCUUUCGCUCUUUCUACAUCAUUAGCCCAUUCUACGUGAGGAAACGUACCUGACGACUUGACGUCGUCUCCUGAGAGUGAAAAAUUUCUAAUUCUCGGCGACUCGUGAAAAUACUGUGUAAUUUUCUAUGAUCAUGCAUAUACGUAUACGUUUUGAUAAACUUUGAUAAGUGGAGGCAGCCCUCUCGAUCCACAUUUUUUAAAAGAUCCCCACAGCGUAGCGAAUGUUGACGCGUCGCGGAGUUCCGCGUAGAAUAUCUACCUUCUUUGCGUUGUAUCGCAUCAUGUAUCGUACGUACCGAAUAAACCACACGCCGCAUACGAUCAUAGAAAGUCGCAUAUUUUUUUCACGUGACUUUUGAUUAGAAAUUUUUGCCGAUCCUGCUUCUAUUCUAACCGAGCGCAAACCGUUAUAUCGUUAGGAAAAACGACAAGUAAAAAAGACGAGAGAAAGAGAUAGGGAAAGAUAUUCCGAAACGACGAUCCCGCGAAAGAGAGAGAGAAUGUAACGAUACAUAAAUAUAUCUCUUCGAACGCAUGAGGAAACGUCUGCGAUCUCGAAGAAGGGUGAAACUCGCUUACCGUUCGCCCUAGACAGUUUCGUGUUUGUUUAGAGAGCAGAAACUCGUGUUUCUAACCUGUAGAUUCGUUAAACGCAAUAGACUUAGACUCGACUGUGGUCGUCGGUAUACAAGCUUUCGGAAAUUUCGCGUAAGAAAUGACAAACAAAAAAAAAACGAUUGUUUCUCUCGAGUGUUUUUUUACAGGAAGCGAUUACUAUGAUGCGUCAAUAGGAUAAAAAAAAGGUGUUUAUCUGUGUCAUUGUGUCGCUACGAAUAGGGAUCGAUAUGAAAUAAGAAAAAAAUAAAAUAAAAGUAGUAGAGAAAAACCAUCGCGGUCUUUCGUUGGAAAUUAUACGGUCCGGUAUAAAUCGCAUCGUAGCAAUGUGCGCGACGUGUGUCUUGCAGGUAUUCUUGCGUUAAGCAAUAAUAAUAAUUGCGUAUCAACGGAACGGGAGUCUGUUUUGUUUCCCGAUGAAUUUACACGACUCUGGUAAAGUUGGCAAAGAUGUGUCAUCAAUUCGUCUAGAGACUGUGGGCUACUGUAUCGUGAUUAGAUCAGUCGUAAUGUUAGUCGAUCGAGAAAAGAUAGAUGCACUAAAUUCAAUGUGAAACAGUUGUAAAAGCGGACGCGCUAGAGAGAUGUCUUCGAUGAAAAAAAAAAAAAGUCAUUAUCCCCAUUUUUAGCUAUUUAAAUCAAUUCUUCUAAGCAAAUCAAUGCGUGACGGUUCGUGCCAAGUAUCAGACCGCAUGUGAAAGGACGCAAAACUGAGAUGUGCCAAAUAAUUCUGGAUUAUUUCCAGAGGAAUCCAGGUCUUAAAAAAAAAAAAAGAAAAGAAAUAAUAAUGCGCUCAAAGGCACCUUAGAAUUUGUCAGUAUACUGAGUAUGUAAAUAAUUGUGCACUUGUAUAGAAAAGAGAACAAGGAAAGGAAUGUUGUUACUCGAAUUAUUAUUAUUUUUAUAAUUAUAUUGAUUACUCAAAUUUA